GGAAGUGACGGUUGGUGCUGCGGGCUUCACGUGAGUGAAAAUAAUUCUGACAACACUAUCGCGUGUCAAAGUAGUUAGUUAGACACUUGGUGGUAAAGUAAUGUGUGUAACACUGACAGAUAAUAAUAUCUAGACAAAUUACAAUCAAAACACCGUUAGCUUGUCACAUUUGCUAGCUAGCAAGAGCGCGGAUACAGAGCAAGUACCCUGUACUUGGCUCGCAUCAACUCAAAACAGCGCUGUGUGGAGGACUAGCUCCAGCUUGCUAGCUACUGUUUCCUCCAGCGAAGUUGCUCUGAUGGCGAAAAACACUCUUUCGUCGCGAUUCAGGAAACUCGACAUAGAUGAAUUUGAUGAGAACAAAUUCGUUGAUGAUCACGAUGAGGCUGGUGAUAAUCAGGGACCGGACGGGGCGGAGAUAGACAACCUCAUCAGGCAAGGAGACAUGAUGACAGCUUUUCACAUUGCUCUGCGGAACCCUCCUCUCAACACUAAGAAUCCAGCAAUUAAGGAAAGGGCUCUGGUAAUAGUGUUGAGAGUGUUGACGUCAUUCAAGUCAAGCGAUAUUGAGCCAGCCGUCAAGUCGCUUGACCGAAGCGGGGUGGACCUGCUUAUGAAGUACAUAUAUAGAGGCUUCGAGAAGCCCUCCGACAAUAGCAGUGCCAUUCUCCUACAGUGGCACGAAAAGGCUUUCGCAGUUGGGGGCUUAGGGUCAAUCGUACGAGUUCUGACGGCCCGAAAGACAGUUUGAGGGGAGGUGCUUUAUCAAGUAGAGCGUCUCGGAUGACCACUGGCAAGAGGAGUGACUUCCUUCUGUGGAAGGGAAAGUAGAUUAUCACAAUUAAUUUCUUACUGAAGAAAAAACCCUUACACUACAAAAGUUAAAGACAAAAAAGGGAACAUUAUUUUCAGUUUCAAAAUGUAUGGGAUAGCUGUAAUUUAGGAAAGGAUGAUACGUGUUCAUGUAUAGGAUUAUCAUUUUUACCCAAUCACGAGACUUUGUCGCGCUCUAUUUCUUUAUUGCAUUAAUGUUCUAAUCAGCAUGUGCAUCAGCAUGUGUUUCUUUGAGGGUGGGAAAGGAAGGAAAAGAGACAUGAACAUGGCAGGGCAAAGGAAGUGUGUGCACUAAGUGGUACUGUACCUUUAUACGCGUGUGUGUGUGACAAAUUCAGUGUGCUUGCGAGUGUAUAUAUGUCUGAUAUGCCAGUGUUUAAUAUUUCAUUUUUUUCUCAUUGUUAUUUUUAUACAGACAGAAGUACAUUUAAUAUAAAGAGAUUGAGAUUCAAUUCAUUGGUAUGUGGGGUAUAUUGAACAAUGGGGGAUUUCAUUGUGAAGUGCCUGCUGCAAUAAAACUGGAAACAAG